CCGCUGAGGCCGCCGUACUGCGUCAUCUAUGACGUCAUUAGCAAAAACAAGGUUCACGAAAUGAGUGUUGAUUACCUACUCCAACCUAAUAUCUGUGCCUAAUUUUCGAUUAUCCAAUUUACAAAUCCGCUGUGGCACGCCCAGGUGGCGGUUCUGAGCAUGCGCUCCGUGGUUUGUUUUGCCUUGCUUAUUUUGGUGACGAGAUUUAGCUUACGGAUGCUAGCCUCAUGCUAACAUCACGAGGGGACAUCUGAUGUCAACAACAAUCAUUUAAUAACAUUUAAUAUUUAAUGAAGUCGCUAACCAGGGAUUCUGCUAUCGACAAAUGGAUGUGUUGCUGAAGACAAACCGGCUGAUCCAAACCGAGAGCACUUUGAUUCUUCCCAAACAGUUGUGAAAGUGGACACUAACGGACGGACCUGCAGAGUGAGACGCCGUGGAUCAUGUCGGACCUGGACACCCUCAUCGUAACCUUUCAGACCCAGCUCUCUGAUGUGAUGGAAGCUGUAGUGAAGACAGCGAUGUUUGAGGUUACCAGACUGGUGGAGGACGUCUUCAUGGUGGAGGUGAAGCGCAGCAAACAGGAGGUGGACUCUCUGAGGCUGCAGCUGAAGUGGACCGAGAGCAAACACGGCGGGGAUACAGAGAAGACCGAAAUGUUUGUUGAGUUGGUCAGGAAUGAAGCAGAUCGGAACCCUGACGCUGUAAAAGCACGACCAGAGGAGCAACAGGAUGACACAAUGGGCCACUGUGAUGUGAAGAAUCCAAGUGACGCGGUUGAACACUGGUUGUCAGGUUGCAGGCAAGAAUGCAAAACAGAGUCAGCAGACAAUUCAGCCGCCAUCCAGAGCCCUGGAAGAGAGUCACAGGUCGCGGAAGAGAAGGAAAUCAUGCCAGCUGUGGAAAUGAAAGAGGAAGAAGUUAAGAAACCGUCUUGUUCUUCUCUGCAUUUGAGAGAGUGGUGCAGUACUCCUGCAAGUGAAGCUGGACCAGAGAACGCAGGUGAGGUGGUUGAGGCACAGCCAACACCAGCCCAGAAAAACAGUGAAGAGUUACUGAAGAAUGUCAUUAAGAGAGACCCACAGAUGUCUACAUCAUGUGCGUUUCCCGAGAACCAGGACGAAACAGACAUGGCUGCAGACCAGACCAGUGUUUUAGCUUUUGAACUAAAUUCCAAGUGGGCUGACCUGCCGGCCGCAGCAGCUGGACCUCUGCAGAAUCACAGGCUUGGCACAGAAGCUAUGUUUGAUCCAGCCGUAGCUAAAGGCUCUGUGAAUUAUUUGGAACGAGAGCUUACCAGCCCUGCCAGAGCAGAUGUUCAGUUUACCUCAGUCAGAGAUCAGGUUUCCUCUUCUGAAUCUCCUGAAACCAGACUGCAACCCAACAACACACUGGGUGUGAUUUUUAAAGAGGAAGUUAUCAACGAUUCUGAUGGGCUUAAGGAAAGUGUGUGUACAGAAAAGAAAUCAUCAAAAGCUGGGGUACAAUCAUUUAACUGUUCAUUACAUGAGCAAAGGGUGAUCUCAGAAGCACACAAACCAAACCACAUUUACCACAGAUCCUCAGUGCAGGAGAGAGUGAAGCUCCAUUCUCACAGAGGUUCAGGACUCAGACUGCAGGCAGCUAUACAACACCUCCACCGACCACAGAAGAAGCCCCCACACAGACUGUCAAACCUGACAACAGCAGCGCUGUCUGACGCUCCCUCCCAGGUUGUACACUUAAAUAACCCUAACAGAGUUUCCUCCGCAUCCAGAGCUGCUUCAUCUACACUGUCAGUGCAGCGCGUUCACCUGGCUGACAAACAGACCUUAACUCUGAACCAAGCUGGUGCCUCAUGGGUUAGCAUCAAAUCCCACAAUCAAUCUGCAAACUGCCAUCAGUCUGCCCCUGCCCCCACCCGCCCCUCCCCUCCUGACUCUCAGCUUUACAGGCCCUUGCUGCACUGCGAGGAGUGUGACAAAAGCUUUCCUCACCCAAGCAACCUGAAAGCCCACAUGCAGAUUCACACAGGCGAGCGGCCUUUCUGCUGUCCACUCUGCGGGCGCAGUUUCACCAAGCUGAGCAACCUCAAAGCCCACCGGCGCGUCCACACGGGCGAGAGACCUUACUGCUGCUUGGCAUGCGGCAAGCGCUUCACCCAGAAAUGUAACCUGAAACGCCACCAGAGGAUUCACUUGGAAGUUUGACCGCGGAGAUAUGGAGGAGAAAGAAAAAUCAUGUGUUGUGUGUGUGUGUGUGUGUGUUAUAGAUUAAGAUGCUUCAGGACUCAUACUGCAAUGCAGGACAGUUUGUGUGGCGCAUAAUAAGACUGCAUCUCUAGAUUUAAAUAGUUCUUUGCAUUCCUACUGGGACCUAACUUCUAAAGUUGUGCUUGGCUUACUGUAGGAUGAGAAACUUUGUGUGUGGUGUGUGUUCUGCUAGAUAGGCCAGCUGACAGUUAUACAGGAAUUUUAAUGUUUAGAGUUAUUUCUUCUGUCGACGGCAAAUAAUUUAUCAAUGUACCAUGCCAUGAAAAAGUAUUCACCCCCUUAAAUAUUUCUGUUGUUUUUUUGUUCUGUUGUAACACUUUUGUGGUUCAGACAAAUUUUAAUAUCAGACAUAGUUAACAUGAGGACAUGCAAAAAGCAGUUUUCAAAUUAUUUCACUUGUUACGUGGAAAUUUUUUUUAUCCAAAGCAACCUGGGUUAGGGUUGGUUUGGAUAAAAAGGAAUAAUCCUCACUUUUUAUUGAUUCAUAAAUUAAUUAUUAAUUCAGUGUUCAGUGUUAUUACUGUUUACUGCCAGACCUCUACAAUCAAUAAAUCAAAUAAAUAGGACUAAAAACAUGAAGUAGGCUUAAGGGUUUCAAAAAGGAACACAUCAUCCCUCUAUCUAAAGACAUUGAAAAGAUUCUAAACUUAUGUUUGCUUGUAAAGGGUUAAAAAGUCAUUCUACGAUUUUGGUUAUCCAGUGGACCACAGAUGGAGAAAAUAUAGACCAGGUGUAGUCAGUUUACCGAAAUCACUCAGAGACCAACGAUUCACCCAGGAGGUCACAAAAGAACCCGAGACAACACCUAAAACACUGCUGGUCUCACUUCCCACGGUUAAGAUCAGAGUUAAACACUAAAAAGGAAAGGCAAGUUCAUUUACUUUUACUCCAUCCAUACACGAGGUAAUCCAAAUUGCUUUACAGGACGCAGGAGAAGAGCCACUGAGCGGCAAUGGAAUCCAUGGAGAGCUCCAAGGCCAAAACUGUCGCUGUCAGAAAGAGCAAAAGAAAUUGGUAUAAACAAUAUGAUGAUCGCUGAGACUUUUGCGAAAAAAAUCUGUAAGGUUUUUGUGCGUCCUUUUUCAUCUGUCAUUAAACAAAUGCACAAUGGAUCCAUGAAUUCUCCUCUCAACCAGAAAAUGCUAAAAGAGAAUGUCCAGCUAUCAGUUCAUGACCUUAAGCUCAAUCGGACUUUUGCAGCAGGAUAAUGAUCCAAGGCAUACCAAAAGCUCCAAAUCUGAAUGGCUCAAAAUGGCAAAGUGAAGGUUUUGGCUCUAGUCUAGGCAGCUAGUCAAAGACCAGACCUAAAUUUGUCUGAGAUACUGCAGUAUAAUCUUAAAUUGGUCAUUAAUGCUUGAAAACCCGCAUUGUGUGAAUAAAAAAAAAAAGUACAACAAAGAGUGGCCUGCAAAUCCUCUACAGCGAUGUAAAAGACUCUUUGCCACUUAUCCAACAGGCUCAAUGGCAGUUGUUUCUUCCACGGGUGGCACAACCUGUUAUUAGGUUUGAGUGGUAUAUACUUUUCCCCAUAGGCCCAGGUUGGUUUGGGUAGCUUUGUUCCCUUUAUACAUUAAAUCAUCAAUUGAAAGCUGCUUUUUGUUUUCUCAGGUUAUCUUUGUCUAAUAUUAAAAUUUGUUUAAUUUUGAGCAUUAAAGUGUGACAAAAAAAGCAAAAACAUUAGUAUUCUAUAGUAUUUCACAGCAUAUAUUCUGAGUUAGCCCUAAAAAAUCAUUCUUUGAAACAGUUCUUAUUCAAUAUUGGUGGUCAUUUUAAUAAUGGCUACAGCAUUCAGUUUCUUACACACAUUCAUUGCUAAUGGUAAUUUUCAAUUGAUUGGAAAGUAUUAGCUCCAUGUUGUUUUAAUUCUAAAUUGAAAUUCCAGCAUUGUUAUGCGAUAUAAAGUUAUUUUUUUUGUCUGAUAUCGUUCCUUCUGUCUCACACAUUGUAAUAUUUUAAAUUGUUUUAUUCUUACCUAAUUAUUAAAAUAUAAAUAUAGAA